CCGGCUUCCCUCUGCUCUCCUCCUCUGUUUCUUUCUUCUUCCUUGUUGAGAGAGAUUUGUUCAUCAUACCCAAACAGGCCUUGUAUUUGAUGGAGAUAAGGACAGUGAAAGUUAACAAUGUCUCCCUGGGUGCAACGGAGAAUGAUUUAAAGGAAUUCUUUUGCUUCUCCGGUGAAAUCGAAUACAUUGAAAUACAAGGGGACAACGAGAGGUCUCAGCUUGCAUAUGUUACCUUCAAGAACCCCAAAGGGGCAGAAACUUCAGUGCUUCUUUCGGGAGCAACUAUAGUUGAUCAGUCCGUUACCAUAGACCUGGCUCCAGAUUACAAGCUUCCAGCCGCUGCAGAUUCAGCACUUCCAACUGCAACAGAUAAUGUAAGUUCUGGUGGUGCUGCCCAAAACGCAGAGGAUGUUGUGAGCAGCAUGCUAGCCAAAGGCUUUGUUUUGGGAAAAGAUGCAAUCAACAAGGCAAAGGCCUUUGAUGAGAAACACCAGCUUACUUCAACUGCAACGGCCACAGUAACUUCUUUGGACCAAAAGAUUGGUUUCACUGAGAAAAUUAGUGCUGGCACAAGCAUGGUAAAUGAUAAGGUGAGGGAAAUGGAUGAAAAGUUUCAGGUUUCUGAGAAGACCAAGAAUGCGUUUUCAGCUGCAGAGCAGACGGUGAGCAGUGCUGGAUCUGCCAUCAUGAAAAACCGUUACAUACUAACUGGGACGUCGUGGGUAACCGGUGCGUAUAACAGGGCAGCCAAGGCAGCAGGUGAAGUGGGGCAGAAGACCAUGGAUAAGGUUUCAGCAGAGGAAGAGGGUGGAAAGAAAGUGGAAGGCAGUCAGAUCACUCAAGUACAUUCUCCCAAGGAUCCUACCCACUAAACUAAUGACUCACGAGUCAUGAGCAGCAAGCUUAGUAUAAGUUGUACUAGUUUGCUUUCCUGUUCGUUUAGAAUAUAUAGGAGGAAUUGAUUGCUGCUGGAGGUUUAUUUUCACGAAUGAAUGAUUUCUGUAUGCCUUUCUGUCACUCAAAUGACUUGUGUAUGCAUCCCUCCCCUCCCCUCCCCUCCCUGCUGUCUGUCGCUGGGAUUCUUGAACAAUUCUUUUAUGUGUGUUCUAUUCUAUUUGUGCUUUCGUAUCAAGUUAUUUAUGUUAAGGCAAUUUGUUCUUUAGGUAA